AUGUUACUUCACCGAAUUCUUUUAACUAAAUAUAAUCCUUCUAUAUGUUUUAAAUUUUUUCGUCUGAUUGCAACAUCAUCAGUUCAAAUUGAAUUUAGAGAUGGACUCGCAAAUCUUACAGUACCAUUACCAAGUAGAGGAGAAUCGUGUGUUUUUCAAUUAAAACCAUUCAAUACCACAGUUGGUGAUUUCAUUGACAUACUACAAAAGGAAGAUCGAGGUAUAGAUCGAGCAUCUAUUUAUCUUCCCGAUGGAUCUCGUCUUUCACGAAAUUCACCUUUUGAAUUAAUUUUUGAAGAACCAUUUACACUACGCAUUAAUGAAGCAUCCUACAACGUUCGUCCGCCAGCUUUAUUUACUUCAAAAAGAUCCUCUCGAGAAAUGCUUUCUGAGGUUUCGAAUUCUGUAACGAAGCUCUACCAUGAUUUACAUCUUAAUCAAUAUGUUAUGUAUCGUGAAUACGAAUUAGAAAAACAAUUGGCAUUUUUACGUGAAUCUGUUCAACCACUUAAUCAACUUCAUCAUCAACUUGCAAAUAAAGCUAUCCGACGUUUAAAAUGGAUUCAAUGGUCAAUGUUUGCUGCAAUGUCUUUUCAAACUGGUAUUUUAUUUAGAUUAGUAUGGAUUGAUUACAGUUGGGAUAUAAUGGAGCCUUUUACGUAUUUUAUUUCGUAUUCAGCUGUAUUUAUGGGUUAUUGUUAUUAUAUACUUCGUCGGAGCGAUAUGAAAUAUAUGAAUAUGUCCGACUAUUUUUAUUUGAAAAUUUUACAUCAUUUAUUACGAAAGAAGAAGUUUGAUUUAGCUCGUUAUAAUAUUUUGAAAAAUGAAAUAAUGAUGGUUGAACAUGACCUUCAACGACUUAAAGAUCCAUUGGAUCGUAUCAUUGGAACAUCAUAA